GGGGUACUCGAUAGCGUCCCGCCCCCCUGUUGGAGCUUCGGUGGGUCGCGGCGGAUUCUCAGCUGAGAGAUCGGGACGGGUGGACAUGGCGGCCGGCGGAGAAGACUGAGGGCUGGCCCAGCGCCCGUGUGAUCUUCACAGCGGGGGCCCCACGUACGCGCUUCGUAAAACGCCGGACGACCCGACCCCUAAAAUGUGUGCGUCGCCUCUUCAGCCAAACUGAACUCGGGGAGCAAUGGAUCGGAAUAAACGGAAUUCCAUCGCCGGAUUCCCGCCGCGGUUGGACCGUAUUGAGGACCCUGUUUCGGGGGAGGGCGGGAUUGGUCAGCUGGGCAGAGUCUGCUCCUCCUCCUAUAACGCGCUCAUCAGCGCCUUCUCCAGGCUGACGCGGCUCGAUGACUUCACCUGCGAGAAGAUCGGAUCCGGCUUCUUCUCUGAUGUUUUUAAGGUUCGUCACCGGACGUCCGACCAAGUCAUGGCGCUGAAGAUGAACACGCUCAGCAGUAACCGGGCCAACAUGCUGAAGGAAGUCCAGCUGAUGAACCGCCUGUCACACCCCAAUAUACUGAGGUUUAUGGGGGUCUGCGUCCACCAGGGGCAGUUACACGCUCUGACGGAGUAUAUUAAUAGCGGGAACCUGGAGCAGCUUCUGGACAGCAACCAGCACCUGUCGUGGGCAGUCCGGGUGAAGCUGGCGCAGGACAUCGCUCUGGGUCUGGCAUAUCUGCACUCCAAGGGGAUCUUCCAUCGAGACCUCACAUCCAAGAACUGUCUCAUCAAGAGCGACGAGGGCGGAUAUUCGGCCGUGGUGGCAGAUUUUGGGCUGGCAGAAAAAAUUCCAGAUUACAGCGUGGGUAGUGAGAAGCUUUCAGUUGUGGGGUCUCCAUAUUGGAUGGCUCCGGAGGUUUUGCGGUAUGAACCUUACAAUGAGACGGCUGACGUCUUCUCCUAUGGGAUCAUCCUGUGCGAGAUCAUCGCCCGGAUACAGGCGGACCCGGAUUACCUGCCCCGCACAGAGAACUUCGGCUUGGACUAUGAUAGUUUCCAGCACAUGGUCGGUGACUGCCCCCCGGACUUCCUCCAGCUGACGUUCAACUGCUGCAAUAUGGACCCAAAGCUCCGUCCUUCCUUCGUCGACAUCGUGAAGCAGCUGGAAGAAAUCGUACAACGCUUGCGAAAAGAAGAGGCUGAAAACGAGCGGCUGCAAAACAGCCCUGAGAUUGAGACCAAGCUCCUUACAAAGGUUUCCAGUGAGAAAAGUCAAGGGGUCAAACGUCUCAUUACAAUCCCGCAAGAUGACAAAAUCCCGCAGAAGUCGCCGCGCCCCCGACGGAACAUCACGCUUUCCCGGAGCCAGUCUGAUGUUUUUGCCCGGAAACCUGUGCGCAAGAUAAAUGUUCAGGACCCUUUUUAUACCCCCAGCAAGGGGAUGAUCCGUAAGGUUAACCCUUUCAAUGCCAGGGAGGACUUAAAAGGAGGGAAGAUUAAAUUCUUCGAUAUGCCCAGCAAGUCGGUCAUCUCCCAUGUCUUUGACUUGCAUUCCCCCGAGCUGGAGGGGAGUCAGGCGGCGGGGCUGCUGCGGCAGCCCUUCACCCAGGACUCUGUGGACUAUUGCUACGUACCCCGGAGACGCUGCAGUUCUCAGCCUGUCUCUCCCGAGCUCAUGAAAAGAGACUGCUCCCCCGCUGCGGCCCUCUCCUCCACCAUGGGCAGGAGUGACUCUGUGCAGCUCAGCAGCGAGGUGCGAGCGAGGCUCCUCUGUAACAUCAAAUAUGGCGUAUCUGAAAUCCCACUCUAUAAACCAAGAUCCCCGGGCCCCGACUGCGUGCAGACUGAGGACAUGGAAUGCAUGGAUGGGUCUGGGGUCGUGGAAGGAAGCCACAACAGGAAGCCCGCGCCGUGUACGCAGCCCCCCUGCCUCCCCGAGGAUGAGCGCUCGCUGGGCUGCAGCUCCGAGGCCAUGGAAAUAGAGGACGAACUGAACGACAACCAGCGGAGCUGCAGCCCGCCGGGGCCCUUACUGCCAGUGGACGGGACGGAGAGCAGGGACUGCCUGUGCGACUGUGUCCAGCUGCCGCCGUGGCGCGGUGAAGAUGUGACGUUGUAGGGUUUACAUGACCUCCGCUCGUAGGUUCCACUAGAACUGCUCCGUCCCUGGGAUCCGCGCCAUUCUUUAGAGGGCUUAUGUCCCUGUCCCAGGCCAUGUCUGCCGCGGUUAUGGAUGACCAAGGAUCACAAGUGUCCUAAGAAGUCUUAUAGGAAAGUGGCUGCAUGGGGGAGGGGAGUGCUGUAACCCACAGCAACCAAAAAUAAAAAAACAGAACCAUUGACAAUGCAAAAAAGUGGAUGUUUGGCGCCUUCCACGCCUGUUUACCUCACGUGACCUGGAGUAACCCAGUAUUAACCCCUUGUCAGCUAAGUCUGGCGUGACAGCACACUUGGGGGUUAAUUAUCAGUCUGGGAUGAUGUUGCUAUAGGUGACAGCCCACUCGGGGUUAAUAAUUAGUCUGGGAUGCCCGAACCUGUUCAGCGCCCUUGCAUCCUGGGGUCCGAUGUGACGCCCGCCCGGUGUCUGUCCCUGCGACCAGCAGCGUAAGUUACGUGCAAGUGUGAAUUUAACUUUAAGAUGUUUCCUGAGAUUUUUUUUUGUGCGCCCCUCCCCCAUCUGUGAUGUCUUUUGCGGCCGGAUCCUAGAGGGGCUGCUACGUACGGCGAUUGUCGCUUUUAAGAGUUUUUGUUUUUUUCUGUCUAGCAUUUGAAUUGAAUAUUUUUUUAUUUUAGAGAAGCAGAAAUAUAUGGGGGACUGGGAGAAAAAAAUACUGCAACCCCCAUUAUCCAUCUGCACUGUCAGGUACAAGUGAAAAAUGCGUUUAAGAUGUGACUGCGACUGGUAGGAACGCCAUCGCUGUGCCCCUCAUCCACUGUGAUGCUGAAUACUGUAGAAAUAAGCUGCCCCCUGGUGGUGGAGCGG